CCAAGGCAGCGGAAAAUGGCGGAGGCUCUACCGGAGGCCGGGCGGUACUUCUGUCAUAACUGUUCAGCCGAGAUAAGCCCUCGUCUGCCGGAAUACACUUGCCCCAGGUGUGAAUCAGGGUUCAUUGAAGAGCUUCCUGAAGUAAGGAACACAGAAAAUAUUAGCAACACGUCAGGGGCAGAUCAAAACAGACAUCCCUUUGAGAGCCUAGAGUCCACCCAGUUCACAUUACCUCCUGGUUAUGGCCAAGUUACUUUUGGGAUAUUCAAUGAGGGCCUAGAGUUCCCCAUCUUUGGCGCAAGUGGAGCAAGUGAAGAGAGCCGUGAAGGGGAAAACAGAAGAGAACAACAGUCACGGCAAAGAUACAGCGCAAGACAACCACGUGCUAGACUGAGUACAAGGCGCUCGGCGGGAAGGCAUGAGGGUGUGCCCACCUUAGAAGGGUGA